AUGGCUAAAAAUAAGAGAAGUAACAGGCGUAAGUCUAAGAAAAGUCCUGUAUCCCGCUCAGCAAGAGCAGAGCUCCAGUUUCCUGUUAGCCGUGUGGACCGAUUGCUGCGUGAGGGUAACUAUGCCCAGCGUCUGAGCUCCUUAACACCGGUAUUCUUGACUGGCAUCCUCGAGUAUCUAGUGUCCAACAUCCUAGAACUGGCUGGUAAAGAAGCUCGCAGAAACGGCAAGGCACGCAUCACCCCAGAACACGUGAAGAAGGUAAUAGAAAGCCAGAAGCAAUUCCAGCUCUUCUAUCGUAACAUCCAAACUCUAGAUGAUCAGACAACCCAACGGCAAAAGUGA